AGUUUGUCCUUGCGCCUCUGGUCCUUUUUUCUCCUGUAUAUUCUGCUGUUUCUGGUCACCUUGAGGAAAAAGAGACAAACGCUACGUACGACCCAGGAUAUCGCUUUCUUUCUCCGUCUCUUUGCCUCGUCGCAUUUGGUCACUGGACCUUCAUCCCAUCACGGCUGCAUCCGUCGUCCCCCACCGCCUCCUCCCGCGUCCGCUUCGAACUCCAGGGUCCCUUCUUCAACCUGCCUGUCCUCUCGUUCUAACCCCCGAGCACGACAAAAGACGCAUCUCCUUGCUCUACGAUCUCCGUCGACAAUUGAGGAGGACGAGACGAACCUCUGCAAAACCCCAGACAGACAACCUACGAUCGCACACAGGCGCCGUCGCGAAUUGCACCCCCGCAGCAUCAACGUUGCGCCGAGCCACGUCUUCGACUGGCGACUGCAAACCGUAAACAUGGGAGAUCGUGACAGGGAUAUUGAGGAGGGCAAUGAGGCGCUCGACCCAGAGCUCCUCUACACCAAGGAGUACUGCAUUGGCGGAGGAAGCUUCGGCAAGGUCUACAAGGGUGUUGACAAGCGCACCGGCCAUGCCGUCGCCAUCAAGAUCAUCGACAUCGAGAGCGCCGAGGACGAGGUCGAGGACAUCAUCCAGGAGAUCGCCAUCCUGUCGGAGCUGCAGUCACCCUACGUCACAAAAUACUACGGCUCCUAUGCCAAGGGCGCUGAGCUAUGGAUCGUCAUGGAGUUUUGCUCCGGCGGAAGCUGCGCCGAUCUGAUGAAGCCCGGCUUGAUAGGCGAAGACUACAUUGCCAUCAUUAUUCGGGAGCUUCUCCUUGGUCUUGACUACCUGCACUCUGACAAGAAGCUACAUCGUGAUGUCAAAGCUGCAAACGUGCUCCUAAGCUCCAACGGCCAGGUCAAGCUUGCCGACUUUGGCGUCUCCGGGCAGCUCUCGGCGACCAUGACCAAGAAGAACACCUUUGUGGGCACCCCCUUUUGGAUGGCGCCCGAGGUUAUUAAGCAAUCGGGCUACGAUCACAAGGCCGAUGUGUGGUCACUGGGUAUCACUGCCUUGGAGCUUGCUAACGGCGAGCCCCCCUACGCCGACAUCCAUCCCAUGAAGGUGUUAUUUCUCAUCCCCAAGAACCCGCCGCCGCGGCUGGAAGGCAACUUCACCAAGGCGUUCAGGGACUUCAUCGAGGUGUGUCUGCAGAGGGAUCCAAAGGACCGGCCCACGGCAAAGGACCUGCUGAAGCACCCCUUUAUACGGCGCGCGAAGAAGACUAGCUAUUUAACUGAGCUGAUUGAGCGCCACUCCCGGUGGGCCGCCACUCACAAGGGUGAUGACGAGGAGAGCGACCAAGAGAAUGAAAAGUACCAUGAACGCCAGCAGGUAGACGAAGACAUGUGGGACUUUGGCACUGUGAGGCUGGUCGGUGAUAGAGGCGGUGUCAUUCCUCGACCGGGGCUCAAUGCCCUAGACGAAUCGGCCGCGAACGCAAGAGCGGCCAGGUCAUUGGAGAAUGCCGACGAUUAUGGCGAGCGGCCGAGAGACAACAGCCCUACAAAGAUACGAGAUUUCGGCCGUGACCUUGCUCUCGCUUCAGAUACGCUAAAGGCUGCGAGCGCCAAUACGGGAACCUCCCGCCAGGCCUCACCGCAGCGGAAGCCAGUGCCGACAACCGCGCCCCAGUCGCCGGUCAAGAUGCCUCUUCCAGCAUCGCCAGAAAAGUUGCAGAGGGCGCCAGAGACGCCAAGACCCGUUUCUCGACUCAUCCCACCAGCCGUCCCCGUCAGUCAAUCUCCGGACUACGACCGUGAACUGCAGGCCCAGCUACAGAGAGACAUGGGCCUACUAAGCCUAGGCCCCGUCAUCCAGCCGGCGGAGUUGCAGACCCCCCAGGAGACGACACCACGGCCACAGCCUCAUGGGCCGCGCCCUAAUCCCAAAAUGGCACCCAUGACGCUCCCAGAGAUCCCGCCCUACCGCGGUGGACCACCGCCGCCGCCGCCGCCGUCACAGCAGGCAUCGCAACAAGCGCCCUCCAGGAUCGUGAGCCAAUCGCCAAACGGCCAGUUCCGGCAGCCCUCAGGUCAAGCGCCGCCCCCACCUCCCCCCAAGGCACACGCGCUGCCCUCGAAGACGCAGACGCCGACUCCUGAGCCGGCGGCCCCGUCAUCGUUCCCUUCGCCCGCGCCGUCGAACCCCAACGGCGAGCUGGACGCCCUCAACGACGUCAUCUUCCCGGCGCUCGAGGAGGCGCUCAAGAGAAGGCAGAUUAGGCUGCAGCAGGCUUUCCGACCGCAGCCCGGGUUCUCGAGCCCGGUGGCAAUGAACCAGGUGACACCCAAACAGCAGCGGGCAGAAGCAGCACAUGAAAAGCUGCGGAAGCUCGUAUAUAAGCUAGCGCAUGUCUGCAAAGAAAUUGACCACUAUGACAAGGCGGAGCCGGUAGGCAUGGGGAGGGAUGUGGGCACUUUCCUAGAAGGUCUCUUGGAGGAGAUUCUUGUCAGGGUUGAACCCCUCGACGAGGAAGAAGUUGCGGCGUGA